CUUUAUUUUUUUAUCUUUUCAUUUUCACGAAUCAAAACAAACAACACGUGAACGCCUCUCCGUGACGACUGAUUAUAAAAACACUGGAGUUUCUUUAUUUUCUCAUCAUCUCUGUCCUGGUCAGCGCAUGGAGUCUGCAGGUAAGACGACUGCUGCAGAUGGUCAGCGUGGGCGAGAUGGCGGCAGCCAGAGACGCUCACCUCUCGACGUCAUCAUGAGCCAGAUCCGUCGGAAGCGCACGGCCUCGGACAGGAGGCCGCUGGGACGCUUCCUGUCCCGAGGCUCGGACCGGACGGGGAUCCCUGAGGACGGAGAGACGGAGGGCAGAGAGGAGAGAGGACAGAGCUCAGGUGUCACAGAGGCGGCGGAGAGUGAGCGAGAUGUCGGCUGGGGUCGAGUGUGUGUUUUCCUGCAGAAGCUGGGGAAGAAGGCCGACAGCAGGAGCCUCAGUCUGGCUCACUGUGAUCUAACUGCUACAGAUCUACUGGAGCUAGCGACGCUGCUCCAGUUGCUCCCUCAGCUGGAGGAAGUGAACGUCUCCUGGAACGAGCUGAUUGGUGGAUGUCUGAAGGCGCUGACCUCUCACCUCCAUCAUGUGGGUGGGAUCAGGACGCUGAGGCUCUGCAGCUGCAGGCUGAACGCUGAUGACAUCACUGCACUGGGUAACGCUCUCGACUGCAUCCCUCUUUUGGAAGUCUUGGAUUUGUCCUGGAACAGCGGCAUCGGGGACGGAGGCUUGCAAGGCCUUCUGGGUAACCUUCAACCACCACUGAGGGAGAUUCACCUUGUGGCCUGUCAGCUCUCUGCAGCUGAUGCUACUGCUCUGGGAAGAACAGUGUCUGCUCUGCCUGGACUCAGCGUGCUGGAUGUCUCUUGUAACCCUCAGCUCGCACAGGAAGUGGACGAUGGUGGCUUCAGGGAACUGGCCACCUCUCUCUCUCACGCCGCCUCCCUCACUGUGCUGCGGUUACAGGCCUGCGGUCUGAUGACGGACUGCCUCCAGGCUCUCGGUGGUUCGCUCCGCUGCCUCCCCUCAGUGCGAGAGUUGGACUUGUCCUGUAACAAAAAUCUAGCUGGAGGACUGAACCAGCUCACCCUCCACCUGGCUCACCUCACACACCUGGAGAGCCUUGACCUUCACCUGUGCUGUCUCACACACACCGACCUUGAGGCCCUGGUCCAGGUGCUCCCCUCUCUGACAGCGCUGACAGAGCUCGACGUGUCGUCCAAUAAGGAGGCAGGAGGCAUCGUUCACCCGCUGGUCUCUGCCCUCCCUCUGACACAGAUGAGGCGUCUGCCUCUCAACAGCUGCAGCCUCAGUGAGGAGUCGCUCACUGCUCUGGCCCUGGCCGUGCCUUACCUCCACAGCGUGGAUGUUUCCUGGUGUAAGGUGGUCAGCGGUCGCUCGGCUCUGCUCCUGGAUGCUUUGCAGUCAUCAGUCCUCCUGGAGCUUCGCCUCAGCAGCUGUGAGCUCUGCACUGAAGACCUGCGUCACCUAGCUGCAGUGUGCAGACGUGGUUGUCUGUCGUCUCUCCGGGUUCUGGAUCUCUCGUACAACGGCUCUGUGGGUGACGACGGCUGGUCGGCCCUGUUUGCAGCGGGAGGCCUGGGCUCCCUGGAGGACCUCGACCUCAGCCUGCGACCUUCGACCUCCGCCUCCUUCUCGGCCUGGCUGCCGGCGCUGCUCUGCGCUCUGCCUCGGCUGCCGGCGCUGACCCGGCUGGCUGUGCGGCGGUGGACGAUGGGCUCUCAGGACCGAGAGCAGCUGAACCACAGCCUGAGGAAGAGGAGCGUCCUGCUGGAGUGGGAUCCCGACAUUGAAGACGCGGCAUCAUCAUGUAAGACGACCAAUCACGAGAGGCCAGAGGAGUAGGCACCAAAGAUGAAGGACGUCUGAAGAAUCAAAACAUUUCCAGCUCUCAUUUAUUGCACCUACGAGAUUUCACCAGAGCAAAAGCAAAAUGCUUUGUAAAUAAUCAUUUAUAGUUUUUAAUUUUGUGAUUUUUUUUUGGUUCAAUACAACAAGAUAUGAAUCUGAU